AGUAGUGGAGUUGUACCAAUGUAGCUCCAUUAAGGUUACGUCAUGUUGCAAAAGCGGUAAAUUUUUGGAUGUGCACGCAUAAAAAGGCUGACGCCGAUUUUCGUCUUUUUUCAAACAACCAACGAUGGCCGUGACACGAUCGCAAUCGCGUCCCCAAAAGUCGCAAGAUACCCCCGUGGCGGAAAAUACUCCUGUUGCUUCCACUUCUUCGGAACCACCACCCUUACCAAUGCAGGAAGGACAAGGAAUUUCCUCACCCAAAAAGAAAAAAGCAACAGCAAAGACGACGCGUACAACUACCAUCAAUAAACGAAAGAAGGCUGCGGCGUCUGACGACAAUGUCAAGGAUCAACCCGUCAAGCAAAAAAGAACAUAUCGCAAGAGAAAGAAUGAAGAUGCAGCAUCAACACAAGCCGCAGCAGGUAGCUCGUCUGCCAAUGCCGAUACUCCCCCACCAGCGAAAAAGAAGAAAAUGUCAAAAAAGGCCCUUAUCGAGGAAGCGUUGCAGCGUUUCCCUCCUGAUUUGAGGGAAAUGCAAGGCCGUUUGUACCGAAUGGAGACUCAGAAAAUGCUUGUGGUUCAACGCACCGUGGUUAGUGCGCGUAAACAAACGUUUGAUGUUCUUGGCAGUACCGGAAACAUCUACACUGUUACCAUUGGUCCUGACUUGAGCUGCGCUUGCCACGAUUUCCGCUACCGUCGAACACAUUGCAAACACAUCCUCCUCGUAUUGAUUAAAGUUUUCCAUGUAAAUUCGAGUUCACCGGCUUGCCAGAGUAUGCAUUUAUCUUCAGCGGACCUUGAAGAAGUGUUUCAGAACUGUACACCAGACGCUAGUGUUAUUGCAAGUGAGCAAUUGCAAAGCUUAUUGGAGUCGGAACUUUACGGAAAGAAGCCGCAAAAAGAAGAUGUUGGAGUACAACAGCGUCCACUUAGUACAUCCGAUUGUCCUGUUUGUUUCGAAGAAUUUACAGAACAAGAACGCGACAAGAUCACGUACUGCAGAUCCUGCGGCAACAACAUUCAUAAAGCGUGCUUUGAAGCGUGGAGCUCAACAGGACGGUCCAAAACCACUUGCGUUUACUGUCGGGCAGAGUGGCACGGCACAAAGAAAUCUGACACAGCAUACAUUAGCACUAGCCAUCUGCGCAACGAAGAAGGAUACGUCAACCUGGGCUCAUUGGCUUCAAUGCCAAGCACACGAGAUACUUCCUCCUACGGCUUGUAGCUUGCCUGCUACCUUCCUCUUUCUUUCAAUUUCUUACACACACUCUCUUUUUUCCACCUCUCUCUUUGAUUCAAACGUAGCAGCUCUAUCGUCACCUUUACAAAUACCAAAACAAAUCGCUAUCUGACUUAUCGUAUAGGUAGUAUAUGAUAUAUAUAUCUUUUCUUUAGCUUAAACCCGACACAAAUUCCUCCCCUCAAAGUAGCAUCAAUAUGUACUGUAGUAACCUUUCUUUAAGUACAAUAUUUCAGCAAAUCGGAAGAAAACCAUCCCUUACACCCUCAUCUUGUGAUACUUUUUUUUCACACACAUUACAUACUUGCAAAUCCAUGAAUAUAUCUCAAUAUAUUGUUAUCAACACAGUACCACC